AUGAGGAGACCAGGAGGAGCCAUGAGGAAACCAGGAGGAGCCAAGAGCAGACAAGAAGGAAGCAAGAGGAAACCAGGAGGAGCCAAGAGGAAACCAGGAGGAGCCAAGAGGAGACAAGGAGGAGACCAGGAGGAGCCAAGAGGAGACCAGGAGGAGACCAGAGGAGACCAGGAGGAGCCAAGAGGAGCCCAGGAGGAGCCAAGAGGAGCCCAGGAGGAGCCAUGA